AUGGCGGCCCAGGAGAAUAACAUGCCGUUCAUCAAGAACCUGGCCUCAAGCGAUCGCAAGAUCCGAACCGCAGCCUUGACUUCCCUCCGUACAUUCCUCUCCUCAAAACACCACGCUUCCUCGCUACAGCCGCUUGAGAUCCUCAAGCUAUGGAAGGGUCUCUUCUUCGCGCUCUGGAUGUGCGACCGGCCUCUCCCGCAACAGGCGCUAUGCGCCGAGCUCGCAGACCUGAUCAACAUCCUCCCGGAGAAGGCGGUGAUUCCCUGGCUGCGGGGUUUCUGGGCGACAAUGGCUCAGGAGUGGACGGGCAUUGAUGUGUACCGCAUGGAAAAGUUUCUGCUGCUGGUCAGGCGGCAGCUCGGCGCGAGCUUUGCGUGGAUGAAGAUCAGCACGAAGAAGGACGAGCAGAAUCGCUGGGACACUGGACGUGUGAACGACAUUGUAGACCUGCUAGAAGAGUGGCCGUUGUCUGUGCAAGAGCAAACGGCUGCGGCGCAAAAAGAGGGUGCUGAGACGGAUCCUACACUGCCUAAGACCAUACCUGUCGGGUUGAAGUUGCACGUUAUCGAUAUUUGGGUGGACGAAGCAGAGAGAGUAGGCAUGCUCGAGGAGGCAGAGGACGACAACAACGACGACUCUUCCGAGAUUCAGGGGAAAGCGAUUGUCGAGAGACUGAACGCCCUCGUUGAUGCAAUGGUGGACGGGACACCCAGCCCAGCGGUUAGGAUACGAGCAAAAGACUCAUUAGCAGACGACCGCCUGCCCUGGAACAAGCCACGAAACGGUGGCAAGGACGCAGAGAUGGCUGAUGCAGGGGACGCGGAUAGCUGGGACGGGUUCGACGACUGA